GGUCAAAUUAAUCUCUCGACUUAUCUCCAUGUUAACUUUGAAGCUCACAGAAGAAAAUUUCAAGACUUAUUCAAGAGUACUCCAAUAUUUGAAUUUAGUCUAAUCUAGUCUCAGAAGGUUAAAAUUACCUCCAGGUAUUUUGCAUCACCAGAAAGUCGGUAUUCAAUAAUGUCCAUGGUAUACGCCAUCGGCUCAAAUGGCUCAGGACAACUUGGAAUAGGCCAUAAAGAAGAUGUGUCAGUUCCAAAACCAGUUCUGUUCGAGGAUGAUGUACCUGGAGGAGUCCAGCAAAUCAGAGCUGGAGGUAAUCAUACCCUCAUGUUAUCGACUUCAGGUAAAUUAUAUUGCUCGGGCGAUUCAUCCAACGGAGCUUGUGGGCUCACUCCUGAUUCGCACUCUUCCCAUUCCACAUUUCGACGCGUGAAACUUUCGGAUGAUUCCACAAUCAAUGAAGCACCAGUAGUUUUGUGUGCAGCAACUUGGGAAGCGUCCAUCAUCGUCCAGCAAGAUGAAGAUGGUCAUGCGACGAAGAUUUAUUCUUUUGGGACAGGAAAUAAAGGGGAACUAGGCCUGGGAGAAUUUUUGUUUCGAUCAUCUAAUCCUCAGCUGAUUAAGGAUUUUCCACCAACUGGUUUGCAAGUCGUCGACCUUGCCACUUCUGUCAGUCAUGUGGUGGCUGUUUUAAGUAAUGGGGACGUUUAUGGUUGGGGAAGUGGCCGAAAAGGACAAAUUGGUGAACCUGUCGGCAUUAUGUAUGCUCCUCGCAAGAUUGAAGGUCUUAAUUUCAAUGUUGUUAGAGCUGUCUGCGGAAGGGAGUUCACAUAUCUUUUGGCGGAGUCCUCGAGUGGUCAACAUAAAAUUUUAGGAUCUGAUAAGUGGAACAUUAGAUCUUCAGCACCAGAUAAAAUAGUGGGUUGGACUGAUGUUGGAAGUACAUGGGGAAGUAUUUUACUUCUACAAGCAAACAAAGCUCUUUUGUGUUGGGGAAAAAAUGACCAUGGGCAAUUAGCCCCAUCACAGUUACCGCCCGUGCUUCAGAUUGCGAUUGGCAGUGAGCAUGGUCUGGCACUCACGGCAGAAGGCGAAGUAUGUGCAUGGGGAUGGGGCGAGCACGGGAACUGCGGACCAAAAACGAAAGAUGGAGAUGUGAAGGAUACCUGGAAUGUGGUGGCAUCCUCUAGGUAUUUGCCACCGGGAGCAAGUAUCUCAUACAUUGGCACUGGCUGCGCUACCAGCUGGAUCUGCCUAAAUUCAUGAUAGCCGAAAUAAGAUGGGCAAAUCAUUAUUUUAACAAGCUUCCUGCUUGUUCUCCUUGGCCUGUUCAUGUCGACGCCAAAAUUUAAUGUACCCUGGUAACUCACAUGUGAGCGUGAAAACGCACGCCAUAUAUCUUGGAAUCAUGCCCGGGCUUGACUCCCA